UCGUCAUAAGAAAUUUUAUUGUGAGGAAGUUACAUUUCGAGAAAAAGAAUAACAAUAUUCUUGCAACUGCAAUGGUUGAAUAUCUAAGAAAGGAUUCAACACAAGAUAUUCUAGACGGUCAUGUCCAACAGUAUGGAGAAGUUAAUCAAUUAGGCGGAGUGUUUGUUAAUGGACGACCUUUACCCCUGCCAGUACGGCAACGAAUUGUUGAAUAUGCUCAAAAUGGAACACGACCGUGCGAUAUCUCAAGGAAAUUACGAGUUUCACAUGGUUGCGUAUCCAAGAUUUUGGCACGCUAUCAUGAAACUGGCAGUAUAUUACCGGGUGCGAUAGGUGGAUCCAAACCACGUGUCACCACACCGAAAGUUGUACAGUAUAUUAAAGAUUUGAAACAAAAAGAUCCAGGCAUGUUCGCAUGGGAAAUGCGUGAUAGACUUUUAGCCGAUGGAAUAUGUGAUAAAUUUAAUGUACCGUCCGUGUCUUCAAUUAGUCGAAUAUUACGCAACAAAAAUGGCUCAUUCAUUCACCAUCAUCAUCAUCAGGAUACCGUACCAAAUUCCACAACUGCCGCAGCGGCACAUCAUUUAUAUAACACUUACAACAAUGGAACAUUUAUACAUCCGCACCAUCCGCAAGAUACCGUACCAAAUUCCUCGACGGCAGCGGGCGCGCAUCAUCUAUAUAAUUCAUUAUAUCAACGAUAUUCUCCAUUCCCAACAAGACCUCAUCCACAAAAUUUAGGUAGAAAAUUAAAGGCGUGUGGUAAUACUUCAUCUUUACCGGCAUCAUCACCAAACCAACCUUCCUUAUACCUUGGUAAUCACCCGACAACUUGUUGGCCAAGUAGUCAUUCCAUUCCGGAUAUUUUAGGUGUGGCAUUUCAUGGUGGGGGUGUACCACCUUGUACUCCUACCGCUACAACACAUAAUACAACCGCAUCCACAGUAGUAUCGCCAGGAGGGUCACCGAUUACUGCUGAUUCUGCGACUGCAGCGGUUAAUCAUCAAAAUUCUGCGUAUAAUUAUUAUAUGUAUUUGCAGUCAACAGGAUGUAUGAAUACACCUUCAGUUGCCUGCCCAUCUAGUUUACAUUCAACGCCGUCUUCAAUACCUGCCACAUCGCAAUGAUUUUUAAGAUUUUGUGCCU